AUGGUCAAGAAGCGCACGCUCUCGCCGCUACCGGCCUUCGACCAGAAGGCGCUGCCCGUGUUCCUACAGAAACACGACUUCAAGGAGCUUCACGCGCUGACAAUCUGGCGCUAUUUGGCGCAGCACCCAGACGCUACGUUCGCCGAUAUCCCUGGAAUCCCCAAAACUCUUCGUACGCUAUUGGGAGAGCAUUUCGCGCACUUCACGACGUCCGUGACCACGGAACAGCGCUCUGCCGAUGGCACGGUGAAGUUACUGCUUAAACUUCAAGAUGGGCACGAGAUCGAAGCCGUGAUCAUGCGCCACACGGGGCGCAACACGCUCUGCGUUAGCUCCCAGGUGGGCUGUCAAAUGGGCUGCACAUUCUGCGCCACUGGCACACUCGGUAUCAUCGCCGACCUCUGCAGUGGCGAGAUCCUGGAGCAGCUCGCACAUGCCAACCGCGUGGCACCCAUCCGUAACGUGGUAUUCAUGGGGAUGGGCGAACCGCUGAACAACUACGACGCCGUGCUUGCCGCCAUUCGAGCCAUGACAAAAGUCUUCGGCCUUGCGCCAAAGUACAUCACGUUGUCCACGGUGGGCGUCAUCCACCGCAUCCGCCAAUUGUCGCGCGAUGCUCCGCUCGUGCGCUUGGCGCUAUCCUCAUGGCGGCUAUUGACGAUCACCUCGCGAUGA